AUGACUAUCAAACACUGGAAGUCUUCCAAGUCAAGACUUACCUCUCUGUCUCCCCUCCAUUUCAUCCUCUGUCACUUUGAGCUCUCUCUCUCUCUCUCUGUCUCUCCUCCAGAGGAGUUGACAUUGGUUCAUAACCUGAGGAAGAUUACCAACAAUGACUGGUGUGGAGGGGCGGUCAUCGCCACUCUGUCUCAGACAGGGUCUCUCUACGCUCCAAGCUCUGCCUACCUGCCCCAGGAGCUGCUGGGAGAGGAGGGCUUUGACAGCAUGGAUCCGUUUGUCCCAGUGCCAGUCUCCAACUACAGUGAGAAGGAGUUUGAGAGCUGUUACCUCUACUACCUGGACAGCCACUGGCUACAACACCCACAUAGUCAGACAGAAGAAGGGAAGAAAGAACUGAUCUUCCUCAGCAACAGAAACCCUUCUGUAUUGGAGAGACUGUGUGCCUUCCUGUAACAUCACACAUGGGCCCACACCCUCCCACUGACAAACCCAUAAUCAUGGACAAUCAAUACACACACUGAUACAGACACUCACUCACGGACAAACACACGCUCACACAUUUAACUGCAACAUUAUAAUCUAUGUAUAUGUGUGUAUCCCUCCAUAAAUGAUUCUGUUGUGAUGCAUCAUAGUGUACAUGUCUCUUUCAUAAUACAAAUGUAUAUGAAAAACAGGCUGAGGUCUCAUAAUAAACUAUAAUC